GUGAACAAUGAAGGUCUGAGUCAACACUCGAAUAAACGUGAUGUCAGAGAUGUCUCAGAUGGAAGAUUAACAUUUUGCCAAUGUUUAGUAUCAAACCGGAGACGACGUUAUUGAUUGUUGAUGGAUGUUCGAGACGCUUCGUCGCAUCUUUGGAACACUCGUUGUUACGGAGGUAUUUGGGAGUGCUCGGUGGCAAUUUGGGGGAAGGGAAUAGACACGCGUCUAGAGCGCAGGUCUCCAACAACCUGGAGGAGGUCUCGGGCAAUGCUGGAGUCACGCAAGCAGUACUACAAACCGCAGAAGGUUCGUGGAACUGUGGGCAUUGCAAUCUCUCGCCUAAACGAAGCAAGAUGUAUCAAAACUUAAACGUUGGCUUCCAAGUGUUCAUCGUUGUGAUUAUCGCUGGAGUUACAAGUUCCCAGAGGACAGUAGCAAGACAAGGAAGUGGAAAAGAUCCACCGGUUGUCAAAAUUCCGGAUCAGGGGUCGAUCUUAGGUAGAGAGAUUCCCUUGGCCAGGCCCCAGAAGGUAACGAUCUACUUGGGGAUUCCUUACGCACAACCUCCAGUCGGAGAACUUCGCUUCCGACCUCCGGUUACGGAUCCCCCAGUGAGCUGGAGUGACACUCGAAAUGCCACGCAAUUCGCCCCGUCCUGUCAGCAAACCAACAAGUUCCUCAAGCACGAGAAGUUGUUUCGACAGCUUUUGCCUUCGGAUUUUGAAGAACCGGAAGUCAGUGAGGACUGCUUGUACCUAAAUCUUUAUGUACCAGAUGGUCUACCUCCCGAAGAUGGCUGGCCAGUAAUGGUGUGGUUCCACGGCGGUGACUUUAAUACUGGCACCCCGGCAAUAUGGGACGCAACAACUCUCGUCAACAAGCAAAAAAUUCUCGUGGUGACGGUGGCAUACCGUCUGAACAUCUUCGGUUUCUUCACAACCGGCGACGCAGAGGCGCCCGGAAAUUAUGGAAUGUUGGAUCAAGUAGCUGCCCUUGACUGGAUAAAGACCAACAUCGAGCUGUUUGAAGGUUCGCCCCGAAAUAUCGUUAUUUCCGGUCACAAUGCAGGCGCGAUAAGCGUCGGUCUCCAUAUAACGAGUCCUCUGAGUAAAGGAAAGUUUGCGAAAGCGAUAGCAAUGAGUGGUGACGCCAUCACUUCAGUGCGAACCGCAGACCAAGAGCUUCCCGUUGUAGAACAGGUGGCCGAUAGAUUCGCGUGUGUUCACAAGCCCACUGCAUUGUUAAUGGAGUGCCUGAGACGAAUAGCCGCAAAAGAUUUACUGGAUGGUACCUCGCAGAUCGAGACUUGGGGUCCAAUCAUCGAUGGCGACACGCAUAAUUCAUCGGACCCCUUCUUACCACUUCACCCGAGGGACAUCCUCGAUUCAGGCAACUUCAAUUCUGUCCCACUAAUGGCAGGUUACACCAGUAAUGAACAGUCACUAGCUUAUAUGGAGAUAUCGGAUAAUCCGGAUGAUGGCGGUAUCACAUCGCUAUCGAAAUUCGAGAACACAAUAAACGACGAGAUAAUAGCAUCAAUUCAAAAGCCCGAUAAUACUAGCACCUGCGAGUCGAAGCCUCAACUAGCUGCUGAUGCUGUUUUGUUCUUCUACCGACCAUAUCCCCCCACCAAAGAUCCAGCUGUCUUCAGGGCUAGAUAUCUCGACAUGCAGACAGAGAAGAAUUACGCAGCCGGUCUGACUUACCUAGCUUCCAAAGUAUCCAAGGACAUGAGUGCCUUUGUCUAUCGUUUUGAUUAUCGAUCGAGAACGUCGAAGGUCAUCCAAGAUGUGCCACUCUGGGCGGGCGUUCCUCACAUGUUUGAGCUUCCUUUCAUCUGGGGUCUUCCACACGUCUUUCCAACUUCCUCAUCCACCAACAUCAACUGGUCCACCAGUGAUAAGAAUCUCGCUGAUGUUGUUAUGAUGCUUGUCGGCAAUUUCAUUAGAUCUGGCAGUCCAUCCUUACUCAACGUCAGAUGGGAAGCCUUUACUGAAGAGACACCUGGGAUAUUAGUUAUCAAUAGGACUAUCAGUAUCAAUCCCAAUGAAAUUGACUAUAGAGCACUUGCGUUCUGGAACGAUUACUAUCCCUUUGUCGUUGAGGAGGCCAUGAACCAAUGCUGCAAUGCCACUGGAGCCAAUGGAGCGUCUGGGAUUCACAGGACUCAAGUUGGAGUUUACACGGCAUUUGGAGUUGUUGCGUUCAGUGUUAUGAAAAUUCUUGGUUAAUCUGGAGUUAUGCUUUUUUGAGGGGUUAAAUUUUUUGAAGAGUUAUCGAGUGGUUGCAUAUAUUAGAUAUUUAAUAAGAUAUGAGACACUCCAUACCAAUCUGUCAUUAUUUCAUUUUGAUAUGAACGCUAGUGACGUGUGUAAGUUUUGUGAAAUCUUUCUUGCAAAUCAAUGAGAAAAUUUGAAUAUAAAUAAUGAUUUUUAAUGUUCCUGGAUAAUUCAAAAAUCGUUUAUGACAUGGAAUGUCUCAUAUUUAAUCCAUGAGGAGCUGAUAAUGUUACGUUUUUAUCUCCUCAUUUGUUUUAUUAUUUCUGUAGGAACUUUUGUCAUUUUUUGGUGAUGAGUACAACAAAUAUUUUCAACAUUUACUGAAUUUUUAUUAUUUGCUUCAAUACGGAGAAGAUAUAGAAAAACAUAUAUUGUUUUGGGAAACAAACGGUUUGAUAACUUAUGAAUAUUUUGAUGCUUUGAUAAUUAAUAAUCAUUGUAUGUACCGUCUAUAUAAUAAUAAUUAUUAUAUUAUGUAAGAGAGAGGUGCGCGGCGAAUUAAUGAGGGGGGAGAAAAGGGCGGGAUGGUGUGGCCUUGGCGCACGCGCACGUCCAAACAUACUCAUUUUUUUUUCAAUUCACCAUCACAUCCUUAUUUUUAAAAUUCCUAAAUACAAUUAAUCAUUAAUCAAUCAUUUUCCCCCUUUAAAGUUUUGUUUAUGAAUCUUCUCAGGCAAAAAUCCCUAGGACCAACGCCUCGGGGCCUCGUUAGUGAUUUAAUUUUUUUUUUCAUUUUCUCAAAUUACGAAUUUCAAGUUUUUUCCCAUUUGUGCGCUACUGAUGCGCGUGCACAUGAGCCACCCCGGGACAAACUUAUGUACAAUUAUUAUCACCCCACAUUCAUCAUCGUCGUGAUAACUUUCUCUACGAAAAACAAAUAAUCUCUCACUCGUUUUCUAUUCUGUCUUAUUGCCUUUAGGUGCAUUCUCGUGGCUGUUGGUCGACUUUUAGUCUUUAUUGUGAUUGAAAUUUUUUGUUUCUGGUAGUGUUGUUCUAUUUUUUGUUUUUUUUUUGUUUUUUUUUUAUUUUCAAGCUGGUGAUGGGAUCUUUGUCACUAGUAUUCUCACAUAUCCGCUUGUCCCCUGAUUCACCACUGGUAUCCUUCGGCUUUUUCAGUUAUUACUCUUGAUUACUUGUUGGAUUUCUUUUUUUUUCCUCGUUUUAAUGUUGGUUGUCACGCGGGUGGUUUGCGGCCAAGGCCGCUUCUACCUUACAGAAGUAGGCACAA